GCUUUGUGAACAAAUUCAUAUUUUCUCGUAGCCGGAGCAUUCGUUGAGCGGCUGUCGCAGUUGACUGAGCUGUGUGUUGUGCGCGCUAAUUUAUUGUAGAAGUUGAAGAAAUGUUUUGAAAAAUAUUUCACUUUGAAAUAGAGAAAAAAAAUUUAAGUGAACACAAAUACGAAUUGCAUUGCAAGCAGUGAACACGGCAGCUGCAAUUUGUUGUUGUCUCUUGUGCGGAAACUAUUUAUGAAAUUCUUUAAUAAAAAUCGGAAUAGAAUUGAAUAGAAAAAAAAACAAAAUAAACAAACGAGUUUUGCGAGUGAAGUUGUAUAGUUUCUCGAUAUAUUUGAAUCUUAAAACCAACAAAAACAUUUUCGGUAUAAAAAAAAGAUGCCGCAAAUUUCGUGAAUGGAAAGAAGCAGCAAUCAAAAAUCAAAACAAAAAUAGAAAAUAGAAAAUUUUUGAAAGACGUGCUGUUUUAGUGCUGCAAGUGAUGUGUGCUCCAAAGAAUAAAAAACAUUAAAAUAACAAAAUUUAAGAAAUUAAAAAAAAAAUAUAAUUUUUUUGUGCUUAUUUCGUUUUAUAUGUUUCAAAGAAAGAUAAGAAGUAAUAGAGAAGCAAAACAUGAAUAAUUUUACUAAAACGGAAGCAUUACCAAAGACUGGGCACGUAAAUGAAGUUUGUAAAGAGUGGUUGGUACGUGAAGAUGGCGCUUUAGCCUAUAAGUUGCAAUCCCAAGAAAUUAAUGAUUUCUACAAAGGAAAUCGUUUUCGGAAUGCAGUAGUUCGCGAGGACUUUCCUACAGCUUUGCAUGAACAAAUUAAAGAAAAAGAAAAUGCAGAAAAACAAGCGGAGGAAUAUCGACGGCAUCUCAUAGAACAAGAGCAACACGACAAACGAGUCGCCAAGGAAAUUGCUGACAAGUUGGAACUUGAUAUACAGGAGCAACAACAAAGAGAACUCAUAGAAAGUGAAAUGAUAGCUCAACAAAUGCAGGAAAUUUACGUUAACUUACCACCGGUACCGCCACCGGCUGCACGUGAUAAGCAUAAGCCACCACCACGUCCUGCAAAAGCAAGUACCUUACAACAAAAUUCCCUUGAUGCAUCUUCAUCCAAUGGUAGAUAUCAUAAGUAUCCCAAUCACUAUCAAUCACAACAACAGCAACAGCAAAACCAAACAAUUCAAUUGCAACAACAACAUUUCUCAAAUACAAAUGGUUAUGUUGGAUUAUCGAUGCCAAUGAAUGCAGCUCAUAACACAAAUAUUAAUCAAAUGUUGGUGAGUGAUAAGUCACCAAUUACAACACCACAAAAACAACAAACUCCACAACAGCAACCACAACAACAGUUCAAUCAAUUUGUCGAACGUUCAAAAACUGGACGCACACCACCAGCACUUACCAUAGACAAUUUCAUCCAACAUCAGCCACAACAAUAUCAACAUCGUCAUCAACAUUCAUCAUCGACUAUAUCGGCGACAUCAUCUACAUCUUCAUCUGCAUCCACAUCUGCUGCAACAGCAAUCGCAUCAAGCUCAGCAACACGCCGCAAUGUAUUCGAUUUCAUUAAUACACCACAAACAACAAAAUCACCACUUACACCACAUACACCACACCUACCACAAUCACCAUCACCAAAGCACGCUCUCUUGCACACGCCCAUUACACCCCAAGUCGAUGAACUCAUCGAAUACUCCGAUGUAGCCGACAGUAUACGUCGUUAUGACAUCAACUCCAACGUUGAUGCAAUCGAUUCAACCUCCCCAUUCCACUCAACGGCACAGCUUAAAAAUAUCAAUAAAAAACUUUCACCCUCCAAUGAAAACUUACUUGAUCAAAAAUUUCAGAAAUUAUCACCAGAGAAGUACGACCAACUUGUCGGCAACAAUUCCAACAACAAUCAGCGCAAUGCAGCAGCUGCAGUGGAACGGCAUAUGCAGCAACAUGCUGACGAUAUUGAAUUAUAUGUGGAUCCAUGUGAUUACGCUAGCCUCAAAGAAAUUGGUUUGCCAAUGGAAGAAAUCAAAGAAAUGAGCAAAAAAUUGAAACAGGAGCAAAAAGACGAACUACUUGCGAGACAACUGCAAGAAUUGGAAGCUGGAGAUGGUUUGACGCAAGAAGAACGUGACCGCUUGUUAGCCAUUGAAGCACAAGAUAAAGAAUUAGCUAAAAUGUUACAGGAAAGAGAAAAAGCAAAAGCCAAACGUGCAAAAGAGAAAGCACGACUACGUAAGAGUCAGCAGAAGGAAUCAUCAGCAUCUACAACCUUAUGCUCUACUUCAAAUGGUUUACAUUGUGGACCUUUACUUUCACUGCCUCAAGAUUGCAUGUCAUCCUCUAAGCACAGUUCAACUACUGCCGCCCAAAAUGCACAUGUGGGUUCUCACAAUAAUGUACAACAAACACAUAGGCAGCACAAUCUAGAUGAUCCCUUGGAUUUGGAAGCUUAUUCAAAUCCCAUUGAUGUUUUACACAACCAACAGCAACGUGUGCAGAAUGGCACACUUACAAAUGGCAGUCUUACACGUGACCACACCAACGCCAAUAGACAUGUCAGUAAUUUGAACAGAGAGGACGACAUUUAUACAUUGCCAGUAGAUAGUUGCCGUCCAGGUCAGAGACCGGCAUCAUUGAAUAUUGGACCAGAAAGUAAUCAUAUAUUGCCUCAAAAUUCAAUGACAAGAUCGGAAAACUAUUCAAUGGAAUCACAUGACUCUACAUUAAGUAGCCAUGAUUUGUCGCCACGUAUGAACUACUCUAAAUCAGGAUCAUUUGGUAUAUAUAUCAAAGCUCAAGUCCAACGCCGCCUUAUAUGCCAAUUCAAGGCACACGCCGAUCGAAUUCAAGUGAAGAUCGUAAAAAGAAAUCAAAAGACAAAUGCACACAUCAAUGAACCUUAACAACGCCGAAAAAAAUCUAUAAGAUAAUUUAUUUUAAAAUAAAGAAAAAAAAUUAAAGUAAUUAAUUUUAAGUACCAAAUUUAAUUGAAUGCGAUACCACAUUCAAUAAACUUCUAAUAUUAAAAAACUGCAUUUCCAACUCGCAAACUACACUCAAAUCAAAAUAUUUGUAUUCUAAAGUACUUACUACUUUUAACCGAAGGAGGUAGAGUAUAAGGGCAGAUCAAUCACAGCUCACAACUCGAGUUGAAAUUUUAAAACAAUAAUUGUUAUACGUUAUAUACACUCACAUUUACUUACAUAAAAAUAUACUAAACUGUAGUUAUGAAAAAAAAUAAAACCUUUGUAAUUUGAUAAGUAAUACUUUAAAAACUUUAUAUAAUGUUAUGAAUUUAUAAGCAUUUGCUGCAAAUAAAUUGUUUUUGACUAAAAAUUUAAAGUCUUAAAAAUACUA